AUGCGGGUCGGGAAGUUUGAGCUGCGCAUACACGUCGGCAGUGGGUGGCCGAAGGAGCUGCGGCAACAGCCAGGCCAGCAGCAAGCGCAGCAGCAGCAAGCGCAGCAGCAGCAGCAGCAGCAGCAGCAGCAGCAGCAGCAGCAGCAGCAGCAGCAGCAGCAGCAGCAGCAGCAGCAGCAGCAGCAGGAGACGGGGCAGACGGGGCAGCAGGAGCAGCAGGAGCAGCAGGAGCAGCAGGAGCAGCAGGAGCAGCAGGUGGCAACUGCAGCAAACGGCAGCAUGGGGGCGGGCGUACAUGACACCAGGGUACUGCAGCCGCUGCCGCUUCCACUUCCCUCGCAGCGCCAGGCGCAGCCUGCCUCUGGCGAGCAAGGAACUGCCGCCGUGGCCAGCGGCAAGCGGCGGGCUGGUGCACAGCCGGCGCCCAGGGAGCACAACACACGCGCUGCUCUUGCCAAGCGGCAGAGGGGCGAGGCAGAAGGGGCGGCGCAGCUGGCGGUGACGGCGCAGAUGCACCAAGGAAAGGAGCAGCGGCAGCCCAAGCAGCCAUGGCAGAUGUGUGAGAACCAGCAGGCGCCGCCCAACAGGGACCAGCAGGGUCUCAAAAAGUCCAACAGGACAGGCAGAUUUGCUGUUGCAAGCGACACUAGCGGCGGCAGCCGCGGCAGCAGCAGCAGCAGCGGCAACCUUGAUCCUGCGCCCACAGGCAUGGUGGCGCCGUGGGCGAUGGGGCAGUUGCCUGGCGGCUUCUUUUCGCCCACGCUGCCGCCGCCCAUGAUCCCCACGGUGCUGCGCCCCCCCAUGCCGAUCGUGCGCCCAGGCAUGGACAGGACGGCGCUCCCGCACGAGGAUGCGCAGCGCAUUCGCGCGCAGCAGCAGAUGGCGGUGAUUGCGGCGGCUGCGGCUGCAGCGGCGACGACGCUGCAGCACCAGCAGCAGCAGCAACGGCUAGGCGCGUGA